GUUCCAUUUCCAUACGCUUCUCUAACUCUAAAAAUGAAAACCAGCUUAAUGAAAAGUCUCAAUUUUCUGAACAGAAAUUAGCUAAAAAUGGAGUCUUUAUUUAUGAAAAAUUUGAUCUUUGCAACUCAAAGUGCAGUUCCAGUGAGGAAUUCAAUAAACCCAAUUCGUAUAAGAAGAAUUUGCAGCUGUUCUUGGAAAAUUCACUUCAAAAAAUCAGACUUUCCAGAUUUCCGGGACUAUGUAAAACCUUCCCGACUUUUACCAUCCACUGACAUAAAAUUUGGUGGAGAUUGGUCGCUGGAAAACAUGCUCAAUCGUUCAAAUUUGGAUAAGUCCAAUUCCUUGUACAAAGUCAAGCUGCAAACAAGUAGCGCAUAUGGAUCAGAUCUCACCGACAUAAACUCUGGAGUCCUGCUUUGUUUGAUAGAUGAAAAUGGUGAGUCAAUCUUACAGAGGAGAUCAGCUGGUCAGGAAAACGCCCAUUCUAUGCAGUCACAAAGCUCUGAUCUUCUCCAUUUCCAAAGAGGUUCCGUGGAUGAGUUCAUAUUUGAGGGACCUAAACUUGGAAAAAUUGUAGCUGUUUGGAUCAGCCCAGAAUCAGGUCAGUGGAAACUUGGAGGCAUGAGCAUAACUGUCAUUUCCCUGCUAAAUUCUGAGUCAGUAGGAAAUGAGAAGAAUUUAUCCGACUGUACUGCUGUCCAGUAUGACUUUGAUAUCGAGGAUGUCUUGCUCGGUGAGAAAAGCGAUAGUUCCAUGUUAGAGUUUAGACCAUUUUCAGUUACUGAGUUUUCCCAGGACAACAUUUUAUCAUUAACUGAGAAAACUUCGACAUCAUCUUCCCUUGCCACUCAGAAGAUAUCAAAUGAAGACACCAUGAAGGAAUAUGCAGAUUUGAAGUUAUCUUUAUUGCUUUAUGAUGCAAUCCUCACUAUUGCUGGUUCGUCCAUUGCAUUCUUAGCCGGGGAAAAGGCUGCAAUCGCCUUCUUAACAGGUGGUAUCGGAGGAUUUCUAUAUCUAUUACUCGUGCAGAGGUCGAUUGAUGGUAUACCAUCUUCAGACUUGACUUCAAGUAUCAGGACAGAAACUCUUGAACGAACUAAUAAAAGAUUCAAGGGUUCAGUGUUAAGCAUAGUAUUGGCUCUUUCAGUUACUACAGUUGCAGCAAAAUAUGCCCUCAAUGACGUUUCCAGUGUGCUGACACCGAAAGAUCUCAUGCUUGGAACUAUCGGAUUUCUGUUGUCCAAGGUAUCUGUGUUCUUGGCUGCAUUCCGACCCAUAACAGGUUUUAGAGAAAACAAAUGAUAAUGUACUGUUAGUAUUCCUUGCACAUUCAUGUAUAUAGCUAAUACAGAGUUACAGACAUAGAGAUGUAUAGAAUCAAUAAAUGUUCAUUUUAGUUAUAAUCUGUCUACAGUUGUAUAUGCAUCCAACAAUAACAAAGAUUUGUACUUUGUCAAUAAUUUGGAAAAUGCUAAACUCGAGAUGUUUUUAUUUC